AUGGGAGAAGAGGAGUGCAACAUAGCCCUCAGUCUCGCAAUCGGAGAGCGGAAACGAUCGAAGUCCGAGGAUUCGUCUAAAGGCGCGAGCGAUGCCAACGGCGGCGGCGCCAGGAAGAAGCUCAGGCUAAGCAAAGAACAGUUGGCUUUGCUUGAAGACAGCUUCCGAGCCCACAACACCCUUUAUCCAGUUCAGAAGCAAGAACUAGCACAGCAGUUGAACCUCCGACCGCGACAAGUCGAAGUAUGGUUUCAAAACAGAAGGGCAAGGUGUAAGUUGAAGCAAACUGAGGUAGAUUGUGAGUACUUGAAGAGGUGCUGCGAGAGCUUAACCGACGAGAACCACCGGCUGAAGAGAGAGCUGAUGGAGCUGAGAUCGGCGAUGCCAGCCGUGAGCUUGCCUUUCAACGUUCCAAUCCCGAGAGCAGUGGCGGCAUUACGUAUGUGCCCGUCGUGCGAGCGCAUUGCCACGGAUAGGGAUGAGAAGAGGAAGGCUUAGUUUGAGUAUUCCGACUCUUGGAGAACCCUAAAAGUUAAUGUAUAUCGGUGCAUGCAGUGCUCUUUCAUAACUUGUUGCAUGCAUGGUUGAUAGCUAGGGUUCUGUAAAUAACUUAAUUAGUU